GGAGGCGGCGGAGGGGAGCGCCCGCUGUCACUAGAGCCAACCGCGCACUUCCGAAGGGUGUCGCGGCUGCGCUCCCCUCCCGUGCCCCGGGAACUUCAAAGCGGCCCGCGCUGCCAGAUCACCCUGCUGAGCUCUGUGGCCCCCCGGAGCCCCGCGCGGCCGCCUGGUGGCCAUGACCCCAGCGCGCGCCUCCUCACUCAGCCCGGCCCUCCUGCUGGUGGCCCUGACCGCCGAGCUCACGGCAGGACUGAAGUGUGUGUGCCUUUUGUGUGACUCUUCAAACUUUACCUGCCAAACUGAAGGAGCAUGUUGGGCCUCUGUCAUGUUAACCAAUGGGAAAGAGCAGGUGAUCAAAUCCUGCGUGUCCCUCCCGGAAUUAAAUGCUCAAGUCUUCUGCCACAGUUCUAACAACGUGACCAAAACCGAAUGUUGCUUCACAGACUUCUGCAACAACAUCACACUGCACCUUCCAACAGUAUCGCCCAGUGCCCCAAGACUUGGCCCCACGGAGCUGACUGUUGUUAUCACUGUGCCUGUUUGCCUCCUGUCCAUAGCUGCCAUGCUGACAAUAUGGGCAUGCCAGGACCGCCAGUGCACACACAGAAAGACCAAGAGACACAACGUGGAGGAACCUCUGGCAGAGUACAGCCUGGUAAACGCGGGAAAAACACUCAAAGAUCUGAUUUAUGAUGCCACUGCCUCAGGUUCAGGCUCUGGUCUGCCUCUUCUGGUUCAAAGAACAAUCGCGAGGACUAUUGUACUACAAGAAAUAGUAGGAAAAGGUCGAUUUGGGGAAGUGUGGCAUGGAAGAUGGUGUGGGGAAGAUGUGGCCGUGAAAAUAUUCUCCUCCAGAGAUGAACGAUCUUGGUUUCGUGAGGCAGAGAUUUAUCAGACAGUGAUGCUGAGACACGAGAACAUCCUUGGCUUCAUUGCAGCUGACAACAAAGAUAAUGGAACUUGGACUCAACUUUGGCUUGUAUCAGAGUACCAUGAACAGGGCUCCUUAUAUGACUAUUUGAAUAGAAAUAUAGUGACCGUGGCUGGAAUGAUCAAACUGGCACUUUCAAUAGCCAGCGGUUUGGCUCACUUACACAUGGAGAUCGUUGGUACUCAAGGUAAGCCUGCUAUUGCUCACCGAGAUAUAAAGUCAAAGAAUAUCUUAGUGAAAAAAUGUGACACUUGUGCCAUAGCUGACUUAGGGCUGGCUGUGAAACAUGAUUCAAUCAUGAACACUAUAGACAUACCCCAGAAUCCAAAAGUGGGAACCAAGAGGUAUAUGGCUCCUGAAAUGCUUGAUGACACAAUGAAUGUGAGCAUCUUUGAGUCCUUCAAGCGAGCUGACAUCUAUUCUGUGGGGCUGGUUUACUGGGAAAUUGCUCGAAGGUGUUCGGUUGGAGGAAUGGUUGAGGAGUACCAGUUGCCUUAUUAUGACAUGGUGCCUUCAGAUCCUUCGAUAGAAGACAUGAGGAAGGUUGUUUGUGACCAGAAGUUCCGACCAAAUAUCCCAAACCAGUGGCAAAGCUGUGAAGCACUCAGGGUCAUGGGAAGAAUCAUGCGUGAGUGCUGGUACGCCAAUGGAGCAGCCCGCCUGACAGCCCUGCGAGUGAAAAAGACCAUUUCUCAGCUGUGUGUCAAGGAAGACUGCAAAGCCUAAUACCAACAGGCAAAAAGAACUUCUCCCAGCUUCCGUCUGUGUCUCCUGCUUUGUGUAAAAGUUUUUGCGUCUUUUUGCUGUGUCUUGUUUUAGUUCUACCUCAAUGAUGACUCACUACAGUGUUUAAGUGUCCCAAAAGGCAGCAUGAAAAGACAACUUUAGAGUUAAGCAUGGGCAGGCCUUGACUUUUCCAAUCUCCAUGUUGUCAUUAAUUUUAUUUUUAAAGGUGACACAACUCAUUCUUUUUAUUUAAGGAGGAAGAUGUUAUGAAUGUAAAAUAAGCUACAUAAAAUAGUAAAAAACAAUCAAAUUUUUGUUUACUUGAAACAAGAGCACACACAAAUGAGAUGAAAACAUGCUAAAAAUGUGAACUAGGGCAUAAUAUAGGGAACUAGAACUUUAGAAAUUAUCUGGACCCUUGAAAGGUAACUUUUGCUCAGAAUUUUAGUGUCUAAAGCUUGAAACAGUGAAGAUCUUCAGCGGGCUUUGAGAGUGCGAUCAUCUUCUCCAUGCUCACUCUCUCCUCCCUGCUCGACAUUCUCUUCACUACUACAGCAGUCCCCAAGUAUUUAGAAAGCCACCUGAGCCAUUGCUUCUGAUCUAUAAAAGAAGUCUCUGACGUCUUGAACACUGUGAAAUGUCCAGAGUCACAGAGCUCAUGCCAGAGAUGGUAACCCUUGUGACAAUGAACAUUGUGAAGUUAGCUGAACCACUGCAUUCCCCUCAAUUCCCAUAGUGCUUUUCUUCCUAAGCGGGAGCAUCUUAACUUCUGGCAUUUUAAAUUUAGUCAUAUAGAGACUGUAUUGUGUAUUUUGUGAUACCAUAAUGGACCUACUAAAAUCUCAUAACCAAUCUGCUAGCAUUUCCUCUUAAAAUGUCAUUGUUAUCCCAUCCAUUAAUGAGGAAAGGUUUUCUGAACAUUGCCAAAGAUUGACCACUUAUAAACAUACAUUGUCUAGAGAUGUAGGUUUUAAGACAUAAUUACUCUGUGGGUACAUAUUUGGGAAGAAAAUGACAGGAAGAUAAACAAGGAAAGAUACUGAGAAAUGUUAAGAGAACUCUCCAGAAGAGUUUAACCAUUGACAUGCACAGAGAGGUCCACACUGGUUAUUAGAAGACAUUCCUGACCUUUUAAGAGGAACUGUACAUGGAGAGUUUGGAGGCUCUGGCCCUAUUCUCCUUUUCCGACAUAUGAAAUAUUUAACAGGACACCAGAUAUUUCAUACAAAUAUACUUUAGUGAAGUUGAUUUAACACGAUGUCUUUCAGUGUUCCCAAACUCCAUUCCUCAGAACGCUCUGCUGCCUUGACAUAUUCUCUGGUAGCAUCUUGAAGAGCGAUGCUGCACACACUAGCACAUCCUAUUCUUUGAAGGUUCUGGCAGUAAAAACACAUUUUUAAAGCCAAAUAUUGGAUCAAAUAUAGUGUAAUCCUUUCAUUAUAGAUGCACUUUUACUAUCCAACCUUUAGAUGUUCUGUUAAGUAUAACACAGGGAGUAACAUUCCGAAGGGUUCACUGAAGUUUUCCACAAGAAUACAAUUUCAUGUGUACAUUUCGCUGUGGCAAUAUGCUACUGGAUCCAUUUCAUUUGACUAGGUUGAGAUAAGAGAAACAAAAUGCCUUGAUGACUAUGGGGUUUGCCUAUAUUUCCAUUCUCAGUCAUACAUUCAUCCAUUUGUAAGCACAGAGCACCCCGUAACUCACUUGCCACAAUAUUGGGUACAAGAGGGAAUAAAAAAAUAGAUAGGUCCUGCCCUCAGGGAUUUUAAAGUCUAAUUUGGGAGUGGGAAAAAGCAUAUGAGUAUGAGGGAAGCAAGUAAAUUGACAGAUAAAAUAUGCAGUGGGAUGUCUUGAGUUCUGGGUGACAAUGCGUUCUGGAAUAGGUUUUAAAAAUCACUUGCAAUUUGCAGCACAUUUAGAAAGUAUCUUUAUUUAGAUAUUACAGUCUAAUUAUAUUAUCAGUAUCAAAAAGGUGUGCCUAUGUGAAUGGAUAUUAAAAAGAACUGUGGGGAGGGGUGAUCUGGCUUGUGUGUAUCUCUUAUUUCACACAGUUUCUGCAUGAAGGGAAUGAAAUUAUUUACUUAGAAGACUUUAUUCAAGUCUUCAAUAAAAAACCCUAAUAUAUCCUGUUCUAUUUACCACAGCUUUGUGACUAUACUUACUAUAUUUUUAAAGAGAGGGUGUUUUAGCAUCUUUAUUUUUGUCAUUAUGUUCUAUAAUUUAUUUGAGAGUAUACAAAUGUAGCUUACAUUUUAUUGAUUCAGAUUUCACUGUGGAGAAAUCUGCACAUUGGUAUGUUUUGAAACAUUUUGAUUGUUCUUCUCUUGUCGGACUGUAAUUCCUACGUGAAUAAUCUUAAGGGACAGAGCAACAAAAGUAUAAGGGAAACAACAGAAAUUGUAGUUUUUCCUUAACUCUCAACACAAUUAUACAUAGAAACUGCUCACUUAUAAAAAUAGAGUAACAUCUAGAAAAUAAGGCAGAUUUCCUGUACAUACCUAUGCAGCUCAGUUUUAUACUAUGUGUUUUUAAUGGAAUGUCAUGUAAUACUUGUUUCUUUUAAAUAUUGUUGUGAGCAAAAAUACCUUCUUAGGCUAGGUGCACAGUGACAUCAUUGUUUUGCUCCAUAUGGAUAUUUUGGCUCUGGGUAUAGCAUAGAGCUUAGGAAUGCUAUUAUGAAUUUUAGCACUGUAUGCAGAAGUGAUGGGAUUUAUACACAUUAUCACUUCUUGAAGUAUGAUAAGCAUUAUUUGUUGUCGACAUUUGAGCAUGAAUUUGUUGCCUUAUAAGUCGUGUGUUUAAGUUUGUAAUCAGUACCAAUUCUGUUGUAUGCAUUCUUCCGUGUCUAAAUUAUUUGGCAUGUCACAUCUAGAAUUCCUAAUUUAUGUUCUGCCUUGAGAGUUAAGUGAAACAUGACUGUCGUACUCUAUUUUAAGCAUAGCACUUGCUUUUCAUCUUUAUACUUUCAAUUAACUUUGCAUUUUAAAUUUCCGUAAUUGUAUGAAAAUAGUAACCUGAUUGCAGUGUCUGAAGAAUUUAAAAUCAGUUUUUAUUUUAAAAUGAAAAAUCUACAAUACAUUCAUUAGAUCAGAAGUUUCUACAAUAACCUAUCAUUUUGAAUGUUUCUAUUAUUGCAGAAUGAUGAAACAAAAGAGAAGUCUACUGUCCUGGAAUUUAUUAUGGCAGAGCAAACUCAGGGCAAUCUUGGAGUCUAAGCAAAAGUCCUAGGGAACUACUUAAUACAUUGCCUGCAGGCUGGGAGUGGGACAUCUGCCAUCAUACAAAGAUCAAGGACCAACUUAAAAUCACUUGACUGACAGGGCAUAGUUUUUGAAUGACUCUUGAAAGUAAACAUGAAAUCUUACGUGGCUAAAGAAAUUCAUUUAAAAUAUGGAAAAUUUGAUUUUCUAUUAAGCAGUUAGGGAACAAUAGUAAAUGUAUCAAAAUGGCUAGCUGAGGUCUUCAAUAAUCAUUUCCUUUAUAUAACUUUAAAACCAACAUUGACUAAUUACAUAGAAAUGUUGAUGCUUAGUGUCCUAAAAUGAUGUCACUGUAGUUUUUAAAGCUAUUAUCUUUUUUGUUUGUGAAAUGUAAUACUUCAAUAGCUAGUAACACUGUGUCCUAGUUUCAACUGCUGAUACUCAAUUGGAUUUUAUUCACUAUCUCGGUGAAAUCGGUCAAAAUUUUAAGGGCUUUUAGUUUUUUUUCAGAAUUCAUUAAAACUAAACCAAAAAAAUCUAGAAUGCAAAACAUUCAUUAAGAACCUAAUAUUACACAGAAUUUCUAUAGUGUACAAAUUCUUUUCAAAGAACUCUAAUGCAAACUUGGAGGUGCUUGGCUUUCUUUUUGCCCUCUAAAUUUUCUUUGUUUCAUUAUUUUAUACUUACUUUAAAAUUUAAUGUUCUUUCACCAUCUUCCAAAAUUAUAGUUCCUUCUUAAUUAUUUUUAAGCAUAGCUAUUAUUUAACUUAAUCAUCAUAGAAAUUUAUAUUUGUGAUGGAAAAGAAAUCCCUUAGUGAUCAAAUUAUGUCAUAUGUGCCACAGUGCAAAAUGAAAAUGAAAAUUUGAAGGUGACUCUGAGCCUCAUAACUUGACUCCAGUAUUUUGUAGAUGAAGAAACUGAAGAUCAGACAUAGGAUGUCUGCCAAUUAUCAUAAAACGUGGUGGUGAUGCCUACUUCUGCAGCCUCCCCAACUUUUACAAAUUGAAAAUUUAAUCAGCGUGUAUCUAAAUCCGCAGCACAUGUAUAUUAACAUAAUACGUCACUCAGUACUGAUGGUCAAAUCCUACUUCUUUGUGCAUUUCCACUAAAAUAAGUUUCUCAGAUCUAAGUCGGUAGGAAAGGUGAAAAUAGGCCAAAACAAGGGUUUUAAAAAUAGUCAUCAAGCUCCAUAGACAAGCCCUGGAGUGCUGAUAAAAUUGAAAAUCCAACUGAAGAAGGACAAGCAUAAACCCAUCUGAAGAUGCAGAUGGGUAGCUGAGGGCUUGAUGAGCAUGUGCAAGGAUCUGAGUUGUGUCCUCAACACUGAAAUGAGGAAGACAAGAAAGGAAGAGAAGGAGGGAAAAGAAAAGAAAAUAUUCUUAGUGUGAGACACGAUUAGAGAAGUUUCUAGUCUCUGCCCCCUGCUUCCUUCCUACAUCCAUUGGUCGUCUUCCUUAUGAUUUGGUACAUGAACUGGGGGCUGUAGUUAGUGUCAUUUAUCUGUUCUUUCUCUCGCAUUAACUUUGCCUUUGGUGUUGUUUUUCCCCAGUGGCAGAUUUCCUAAAACCUGAAUCACUCCACAGCUCUGUCCUUUUGUGUAUAUGAGCACUGUCCAGAUUGUCACACAUUGAACUUCUUAACAAGGUUUUAAUUUCCCCACUGUGUGUAAGAGGUUUCGCCUCAUCAAUUCACUGGUGAUUAUUCUCUUGGCACUGGAAAGAGGGCUUUGUUAAUGGCAGGCAUGACUUUCUCUUAAACUUUAGUCAGACUGUGUGGUUAUAUUCUAGCUUUUAGCUAAGGCAUACAGAAUGCCUGCUUCUGCUUUAAUGGUGAAUUUUGCUUGAGCAAUGACUUGAACAGAGACUGUGAAAUACAUGUUGCAUAAUGUGAGUGCUCAAUUUACUUCUGUGAUAAUUGGUGUCACCUGUUUUACGUCUGCCAUCCUCUCAGAAUUUUAAUUUAUUUAUUUUUGUGUGUUAUAGGUAGUUUGGUUGAAUGUGUGUCUGUUCACCAUGUGUAUUCCCAGUGCUUGGAGAAGCCAGAAGAAAGAGCCUGGUCCCCUGGAGCUAGAAUUACAUGUAGUUGUAAGAUGCCACAUGGGUGCUGGAAACCAAACUUUGGUUCUUUGGAAGAGCAGCCAGUACUCUUAACUGCUAAUCUAUCUCUAGUCCCAUGUUUUUAGACUAAGACAUGUGCCAUGCUCUGUAGACUAUAGAUUAUACUGGAAUUAGGUAACAAUCUCCACUUUAAAUUUUGUUAUUGAUAACUGCCAGGAUUUUUCCCAGUUAGUUGUAAAUGCACAUAACAUUUAUGAGAAAGUGAAUUCCAGUUCAUCCUCAUUUUAAUACUCCAGAAAUGCAUUUUCUCCUUGGUGGUCUAUUUUAAACCACAAAAGUGUCUUUCUGUACCCAGUACUUUCAGUGGAACACUUACUGCCAUCCUAGGCUUAGGAAUCUGACUAUUAUCACAUCUACUAAGAUCCUGGGUGUGGUAGAAAAUUCAUCUCCUUCCAGCAUCCCACAUAUGAAUUCUCCAUAGGGAAUUCACAGCCUAGGCCAGCUGAGAACAGAGGCGAACUCUUCAAUGGGCUCUUUCCUCUAACAUAAUUCUGCGACUUACAGAAAAGGACAUACUGCAUUUCUGUAUCAACAUAAAAUGCCUGUAUUAUCUAUCAUUAAGAAGUGGAAGCUGCAUUUAAAAAUGAUUCUUGACAUAUGCAAACUGGACACAUAAUUUAGAGGAAUAAAUACUUUGCCUCCUCAUCUCAGUAUUCUCAAGAAUGAAUGGAGCAGAAUGUUUAUCCUACUGAUAGAUUUUCUCCCCACUCCAGAUCAUCUGCAGCAAGGCUCAGGGGCCUUGAUUUCUAGCCAUCCAUUGAGUUUUCAUUUGGUAGAUGAAUCUAUUCAUUUGCUUCUCCUGUGAGGCUUGUAUGUCAGGCUCAAAGAAAGUCAAGCAUAGACAGAGAUUUACCAAUAUUCUCACUUUUCACUGGCAAAAUGGUAGUAACUUAGCAUUUUUAAAGAUCUAGCAGUUUUCAUUUCUCUUUAUCAAAUGAGAGUAUCUGAGUAAAAUAUUAGACUUAGCUCAUCUCUAGAGUGACAUGUCAAGUCGUGUACUCUCCUGACCCUAGAUUGGGUGAGAUUUUUUACACUUGAUUUGUGUUUCAGGUUUUAAAAUGGCCUAAAAAGAGAAAAUUAGAUUCAGAUCUUUAAAAAAGGGAUUUUGGAUUGAUUUUCAGAGCACUAAUACUAAUUAUACUUUUCUUUGGGUAGUGUGACUCCUCUUAUAUCUAAGAACAUAUUACACAUGUCAAAACCAUUGCCUUUGACAUUACAAAAACAUGCCUUGAACUCUUGAACUACUGUGAACAGACCCAUUGUUGCAGAGACCUUUUUUGUAAGUUAGCUGGCAUGCUUAAGUAUGUAAAAAGCUGUCGCUUUCCAUAGACAGGCUCAAAUGAACGUAUAUAAGGACUGUGAAAAAAAUAAACUGGGUUUUAAAAUAAGAACUGGGUGAUAAAUUGUAUCCAAAAUGUGCAGAUGGGAAUUGUAGUGUGUAGCUGUGUUUUCAUUGUUGAAGGUUGAACAGAGUUCCACAGAGUCAUGGAUGACAUUCAGAUGUUUCAUGAAUUUCGAAUCUGUGAACAUAUGCAUUUUAUAGUAAUAUAUACUUACAUUGUUUAGAAAUAAUCAUAUUUUAGAUUUUAGUAAGAACUCAGUGAUAGCCUUCAUACCAAAAUGUUUAACUUUGCCAACAGCAAGUCAUAAAAGUAUUUAUUUUAAAGCUUUUUAAUAUUACUGCCUAACUUCCUGCGGCCUCCAGGUGUACAUACUUCUCUGCCUAAAUGUUAUAUUUUUAUGUAUGCAUUUUCGGAAAGCAUAUUGUUUUGUAAAGUGGCAAAGACAAUAAAUUAAGCACUCCUUGCACUUGUUUCUGUAAAGCAUAAAGAACUCUAUUUUAAAUAAAAGAAAAUGUGUCAUA